CCACCUUUAUCUUCCAGGAUGAAGGUUCCAUUCUUUAACAAGCAAGACGGCGAAGUGGCCCAGUCGCCGCCUCUGACCGACCUGUCUGGGGGAUCUGCAGACCGUGAGAAGCGACGUAGUAGCUCGUUUGACGAGUCCCGUGUGCCAUGGGUUACCUGGCGAUCGCUGGUGCUCGGCGCCUUCGUGUCCAUUGGCGGUAUCAUCUUUGGUUAUGAUACUGGCCAGAUCUCCGGGUUUCUCGAGAUGAAUAACUAUAAACAGCGGUAUGGCCAAUUGAAGGAUGGCGAGUAUGUUUUCAGCAACGUUCGCUCAGGACUGAUUGUGUCUUUGCUGUCAAUUGGAACAUUGAUAGGCGCUCUCAUAGCUGGACCACUAGCAGAUUACGUUGGACGUAAAUGGUCGAUCUUUUUCUGGUGUAUCAUUCUACAUGUUGGCCUCAUCAUUCAGAUCUCCUCACCCGAUCAAAAAUGGUAUCAGAUGAUGAUGGGUCGAUUUGUCACUGGAUUCGGCGUGGGUGCUUGCUCACUGUUGGUUCCCAUGUAUCAAGGUGAAAUUGCACCACGUCAUAUUCGAGGUGCUAUGGUAUGUUCAUACCAAUUGUUUGUCACACUGGGCAUCUUCGUCGCCUACUGUAUCAAUUUUGGCACGGAGCAUAUUCAAAAUACUGCAUCGUGGAGAAUCCCGCUUGGAAUAACCUUCCUCUGGGGUCUAUUGCUAGGCCUGGGAAUUUUACUAUUCCCCGAGAGCCCUCGAUAUGACUACCGGCAUGGACGAAUUGACGAGGCGAAGAAUACGAUGGCCAAGCUAUAUGGUGUGCCUGAAAAUCAUCGUGCGAUUGUACAUGAGGUUCUCGAGAUCCAAGAGCAGCUGGAUGCAGAGAAGGGUGCCAAAGGUGGAUGGCAUGGCUGGAUUGAGAUGUUCCAAGCGCCACGGAUGCCCUAUCGGAUUGUCUUGGGUAUGACUCUGCAAGCAUUGCAGCAACUGACCGGUGCCAACUACUUCUUCUACUAUGGAACGGUGAUCUUUAACGGCGCCGGUAUCAGUAACACGUAUGUCACACAGAUGAUCCUGGGUGGUGUAAACUUCGGCACCACGUUCGGAGGCCUGUAUAUCAUCGAACACUAUGGCCGACGCAAGUCACUGAUUGCAGGUGGCAUUUGGAUGUUCAUCUGUUUCAUGGUCUUUGCGUCAGUGGGGCACUUCUCGCUGGAUGUUCAGAAUCCACCCAACACCCCUGGAGCUGGCAAGGCGAUGGUGGUGUUUGCCUGUCUUUUCAUCACUGGGUUCGCCAUGACUUGGGGCCCCAUGGUGUGGGCCAUUGUGGCCGAGCUGUACCCUUCACGGUAUCGUGCCCGUGCAAUGGCCCUUGCAACAGCGUCAAAUUGGCUGUGGAACUUCCUGAUCGGGUUCUUCACCCCGUUCAUCACGGGCGACAUCGAUUUCGCAUACGGAUACGUGUUUGCGGGAUGUCUGGUGAUAGCUGUUCUGGUGGUAUACUUCUUUGUCAUCGAGGGCAAAGACAAGACUCUUGAGGAAAUGGACAUGAUGUAUGUGAUGCGAGUGAAGCCCUGGCAGAGCAGCAAGUGGGAGACUCCGGCUCCCGAGAACCAAUUGACGACGGCACAACUUAUGGACCGGCGAGUGGCGGAGCAAUAUGACAAGGAGGAAGAGACGUCCGCCAACGACAAGCAAACGGAAGGCACACCUGGUCAUUCGCAUGAAGAAGAUCCUGUGGGGGCCGGUCCUUCCACGGCUUAG